AUGAAUUCGUCCAAGGAACACAUAAACUGGUUAACCGUUGGAGAAGUGAUCAAUCUAAUUAAGAAACCUGUCGCUUUGUACACCACCUAUAUCGUGGAAAGAUGGCAUGUCACACUGCGUAAAGAUUGCCUUGCAUUUGGGCAAUGCCUAAUUCCUGGAAAUUGCCAAAUGAAAAAGAAGCCUGACGACCUUUGCCGCUCUUGCAAUGGAUGGUACAAAGAGCUGGCUAAAUCACAUCUAAAUAAAGAUGAACGAAAGAUCCAAUGGCGUAAAAACUGCGACACAUCAAAGUUGCCUGUUGAUCCAUGGGAGGUAGCUAAGUUCUUCAUGCCUGUCCUUGGAGACAACAAGGGCACCGUUAUUGAAGCAGAAUCCACUGAUUUAUCACAUCUUUUAAACGUUCUUGUAUGGAUGAAAGAUGUAGCUUUUGCUCCAGACAGGCGUGUGGAUCUCGAUCUCGUUAAGAAUCUUCGUUCAGGAGUUAGAAACCCUUGGGCGCAUGCACCAAACCAAGAAUUAGCCGAUGCUGAUUUUAACAACGCUUUUGAUAUUGCCAAUAAGUUUGUUGCCAACCUUGAUAAUGUUUUUAGCUGUAACGAAGUCAAGAAAUGCAUAGAGGAUAUGAAGUUAGUACAAACUAACAAAAUAAGCAAUGUCGUGGAAGCCGAGUUAAAAGCUCUGAUUUCACUGCGCGGUGUGUUAGGUGCGGAUGUCAGCCAGUUAAAAGGAGAGAUAACGCGUUUAAAAGAAGAUCAAAGCUUCGACAGACAAGUUAUCAAGGAACAGGAAAGAAUGUUAGAAAAUUUGGUAAAUUACAGAAAGGAAUGCUCAACAAGAAUAGAUCGUGAUAAGUUGUUUUGCCGAGAAAUUAGUGAAAUUCGUGCUGACAUCAAGUCAUUACAAGGAACUAAGGAUCGGUUCCAACAAAAAAGCUGUUUACCCGACAAACCGCCAACAAUUUUUGGGCGUGACGCCGAAGUGAAGAAAAUCGUUUGUUCCUUGGUGUAUGAAGACUGUGGAAUUGUUUCAAUUGUUGGUGGACCAGGGUUUGGCAAAAGCACUGUCGCAGUCGAAGUUUCCCAUCAUUUAAGCGAUAGUCAUGAUAUUGAAGUCAUUUUCUCAUUCCUGUCAAAUGUUUCUACUGUGCCUGAAGUUAUUCAACGUCUCUGUCGUGACGUUGGCGUGAAUCCUGGAGACGAUCCUGAAUCAUCGUUGAUAUUUUGGUUAAAAAGUAUUGAGAAGAAAGUUGUCCUUGUCAUAGACAACAUUGAGCAGCUGCUUGAAAGCAACGUGAUAUCUCAGUUUACUGAGUUAGCAGUUACUCUCAGAAAGAAUUCACGGCGACAGUUGCAGAUCCUUACAACGACAAGAACCGAAUUCUCAAUUCCUGAUGGAACUACCGAAAACGUUCAUUUAAGAGAGUUGGAUAAAAGUGCUAGUGUCGAACUUUUGAGAAAGUUUUGUCGCAAUAAAGAAGUAAAAGAUGAAAACCUGUCGGAUUUGGCUAAGUUGUGUGGUUUUGUUCCUCUAGCUUUGUGUAUCACAGGAUCUAGAAUUCCACGUCUAGAUGAUCCUGCUGAAUUGAUUAA